AUGAAUUAUCUGGAAAUACUCUCUAGUUUAACCGUCAUAGCCUUUAGUUCAACUGGUUUAUUGUUAUACCUCUAUCAAACUUCUUUAAUUUACCCUGCGAAUUUACCAGCCAACUCACGUGAAUUUGUUGAUACACCCGAUUUAUAUGAUAUACCAUAUAAGAAUGUAACACUAUUAUCAGAUGGUUAUAAAAUUAAUUGUUAUCUCCUUCAUCAAGCGGAUAAAGCGGUGAAAACCCCAACUGUUUUGUUUUUCCAUGCGAAUGCAGGUAAUAUGGGACAUAGAUUACCACUCGCGGAGGUGUUUUAUAAGAGAUUCAAUUAUAACGUAUUUAUGGUCAGUUACAGAGGAUAUGGUAAGAGUGAAGGUAAACCUUCAGAAAGUGGAUUACGGAUGGAUGCAGAAGUAGCACUAAGAUACUUAAAAAAGGAGGAACUAACGAGAGAUAAUGAAAUUAUACUCUACGGUCAAUCAAUAGGUGGUGCUGUAUGUAUUGAUCUUGCAAGCAAUCAUCCUGAUGACAUCAGCGCACUUAUUCUUGAGAACACCUUUAGAAGUAUACCAUCACUUAUACCCACAUUAUUACCUCUACUUCGUCCUUUCACCUUCCUCUGUACUGAAAUUUGGAAUAGUGAACAAUCAAUUAAGAAAAUAAAGACACAUAUUCUCUUCUUAUCUGGAACACAAGAUGAGAUCGUACCUGUAUCACAUAUGAGAAAGCUCCAUAACAUUCAUCAAAGUUCCGUUAAAGAUGGUAUAAUAUCCAGUUUCAAAUCUUUUCCAAAUGGUACUCACAAUGAUACUUGUUUGGAUCGAAAAUAUUGGAACACGGUUGAAGAUUUUCUCUUAGAAAUCAAUCAACAUAACGUAAAAUAA